AUGUCUCGUGUUGCUGACAAAAGACAAAUAUCAGUGGAAGUGACUUCUUCCUCUUCUGCUAGCUCUCCUUCAGACUCUUCCAACGAGCAAGGAAGUAAAACUAAAAAAGCUCGAUUCUCCAUUGACACAAUUUUGGAAGAACCUACAACUACUGUGGCUGCUACAGUGGUCGUGAGUAGUACAGCAUCCUCAGCUCCCAAAUCAUCAACGCCGACUCCCGAUGAGGAUGAGCUUACAACGAGUUGCACAUCACCCAUAUCUAUACAAGCUACCUCAGACGUAUUGAAAGAUUCCACACAGAACUUGUCCCCUCAAGGAGACUCUCUGGAUGGAAUCCAAUGUCGACUAGAAGGAUCAGAGCUUUGGGCGAAAUUCUACGAGCUUGGCACGGAAAUGAUCAUUACCAAGAGCGGAAGACGAAUGUUUCCCACAGUUAAGUUAUCAGUAUCAAAUAUUGACCUGGAUGGUUUAUACUAUGUGUUCCUCGAUGUUGUACCAGUAGAUAACAAACGCUAUCGUUACAUCUACAACAAAUCGGCGUGGUUAACUGCCGGCAAAGCAGAACCAGCCCCUAAAAAUAGGCUUUAUCUACAUCCAGAUGCGCCAUUCACAGGAGAGCAGCUCAUGAAACAAGUAGUCUCUUUCGAAAAAGCCAAGCUAACAAACAAUGAAGUCGAUAGAGCAGGCCAUUUGAUCCUCAACUCAAUGCAUAAAUAUCAACCUCGAAUCCAUAUUGUUCGUAGGGCUAAAGGACAGCCUCUUGAUCCUAACAAGGUUCAAUUAAAUGAAGAAGUCCAUCGUACCUUUGUUUUCACUGAAACUCAGUUUAUGGCCGUCACUGCCUAUCAAAACCAACUUAUAACGAAGCUGAAAAUCGAGAAAAAUCCUUUCGCUAAGGGUUUCAGAGAUCCCAGUGGUCGAUCACCUGAAUACGAAUCAGAAUCUCGAUCGGAAGGUCCACUUCUGAUACCACCAAUGUACAACCCAGUUGUUCUCCAGCAGGCUUUACUUAGUCAAUAUUACCUAAAAGCUGCAGCAUCCGGUACUCUCCCUGCGGCUCUUCAUCCUACUCUUCUUAGCCAAAUGCUUCUUUCCACCGCUCAAUUUCCUUUUCCUUUUCUUAGGAAUUCCGAGCUCGAAGACAAUCCCUCCAAGCCGGCUGAGACUGUAAAUAUUUAA